AUGUAUACCAAGACCACAUUUAUCUCGGCUCUAUUGGCCGUUGCCGAAGCCCGUUUCGGCCAGGAGCAAAUCCCCGUUGCCGAUAUCCAGGCUUUGGGUAGCUUCGGCAACCCGGGUGAAGCUGCCACUCUUUCUGGUGCUGUUCCGGGCGUGCUUCUCGCCGCUGCUGACCCAUGCGCCAAGCUCACCCUCGCCGAUAAAAUUGUGACGAGUCUUGGCAACGACCCUCAGGUCAUCGCAGCAGCACAGAACCUCGUUGCUUCUGAGCAGAACUUCAACCCGUUCGCGGUGUCGGUACCCAGCAUCUGCGGUGAUGCCAGCCUACCGGCCACGGAAGAGCUCCGUGGUAUCGUUCCUCUAGUUGACCCUGCCGUAACAGGCUCGGACGUUGAGAACGCCAACUCGGAGACCUCGUUAAAGUCUCCCUUUGACGCUACCGGUCUCAGUGUUGCCGACGUUAUGACUGCCCAGGGCUUUUCCAACUUUACAGUGAAAGGAGCUGCUGCCGGUGGCAAUGCCAACAAUGGAAACAAUGACAAUAACAAUAAUGCCGGUUCUGACUCAGCUACUACUGCCGCCCCUUCGGCAACUGCUUCCGCUUCUGCUACUAAGUGCGUCAAAUCAAAGAGCAAAACGAGUGCUGCCGCUGCUGCCACCUCUUCUGCUGCUUCCAGCAACAACAACGGUAACAACAGCGGUAACAACAAUGCCAACGAUGGUGCUGCAUCCGGCCAAGCAGGUGCCGGUGCCGUUACUAACGCUGUUACUGGUAACUUCCCCGGUUUCCAAGCUUCGAGCCUUGGUCUUGACUUCGGUACUUGCACGCCUACCGUCAAGUUUGAGGAAUCCCUCAACGGCCGCAAGGCGGGCGAAUUCACCUUCCAGGCUCAGGACCCCGUCAUUAACAAAGGCCAGCAGGAAGCUCUCAACCCUAACAUCAUCUUCAACCGCAUCUGUGACCAGCUCGGCAACGUUUGCAAUGCUGCCGCCGACGCUAUCACCGCCUGCAAGUCAGCUCAGGCCGACCUGGGUUCUGGUGCCAAGGAUGCCUCGACGGCUAACGCCUGGAACGAGGCUCUUGGCUUUGCUGGUGUUGAUAUCAACCCCGACAAUGCUCCUCAGCAGGGUCUUAUCGGUCACACAUAA